AUGGCUGUCAAGGACGGAGCUCGCUUUGACUUUAUUGUCGUCGGCGGUGGCACAGCAGGCAACAUCGUUGCUUGCCGCCUUGCAGAAAACCCGAAUGUCAGGAUCCUUGUUGUCGAAGCCGGCAUUGGCACAUCUAAGAAUAACGAAGAGAUCCGGACUCCCGGUCUUGCAAUGGAAAUUCGCGGUAGUCAAUACGACUGGGCGUACAAGACAACCAUGGUCAAGCGUGAUGACUAUGAGCGUAUCGAAAAGCCCAACACCCGUGGAAAGGCCCUUGGUGGCAGUUCGUCGCUGAACUACUUCUCUUGGGUGCCCGGCUCUAAGGGUACCUUUGACUUGUGGGAAGAAUACGGCGGAAAGGAAUGGACUUGGGAUCCUCUGAUUUACUACCUUCGCAAGAGUGUUACGUACCAUGAUGACGAAGGACUCUACUCGCCAGACCUGAAGAAAAUUGGCGGCGGUGGACCGAUCCCAAUUUCCCAUGCCCGCCUUAUGCCUGAAAUGAAAGGUUUCCGUGACCUUGUCACCAAGGCUUGGAAGUCCACUGGGGAGCCUGUCACCGAGAACAUCUUCGAUGGAACGAUGCGUGGUCUGGUUCACAGUGUAAACACGAUCUACAACGGCCGGCGUUCCGGGAGUUUCCUCGCAGUUGCUGACAAGCCUAAUGUCACAAUUCUUCCCGAAGUUCAUUCGAAGAAGCUUAUUAUUAACAAUGCCGAUCGAAUUGCCAAGGGUGUGGUUGUGAUUAACGCAUCUGGGCAAGAGCUAAGUUUCUAUGCCACCCGUGAAGUCAUCGUCUCCGAGGGUGUCUUUGAGACCCCGAAGCUUCUGAUGCUUAGCGGUAUUGGACCAGCACCUGAGCUAGCCAAGCACAACAUCCCUCUUAUUGUGGACUCACGCCAUGUCGGUCAGCAUCUCUUGGAUCACCCUGGGGUUCCAUUUGUUCUCCGUCUCAAGGAUGAAUAUUCAAUGGACAACCAUGUAUUGCGCAAGGGCCCUCUACAGGAUAAAACUCUCUCAGCAUAUGCCAAUGGCCACACUGGUGCCAUGGGAUCUCCGUUCCUGGAGUUGAUCGGUUUCCCUCGUAUUGACAAGUACUUGGAGAAGUCUCCCGAAUACCGUGCUGCCAAGGCUGCCAACGACGGACUCGACCCCUUUUGUCCGUACGGCCAGCCUCAUUUCGAGCUUGACUUCAUUCCUCUUUUCGGCAGUGCUUUCCAAUGGCAUUUCCCGCACCCCAAGAAAGGUAGUUAUAUGACGGUCAUGGUUGACCUCGUUCGCCCUGUCUCUCCGGGCGGUGAGGUUACACUUAACAGUGCCGAUCCAUUGGAGCAGGCGAAUAUCAAUCUGAACUAUUUCGCCAACGACCUUGAUAUCAUUGCCAUGCGUGAGGGUAUUCGAUUCACGUAUGACGUCCUCAAGAAUGGCCCUGGGUUCAAAGAUAUUGUUGUGGAUGAAUACCCUUGGGAGAUGCCGCUAGAUGACGAUGAGGCGAUGAAAAGAACGGUGUUAGAUCGUUCUCAAACCUCGUUCCACCCUUGUGGUACUGCACGCUUAUCUAAAAAUAUCCAGCAGGGUGUGGUAGAUGCCGGCCUUAAGGUCCACGGCGUCAAAAACCUCCGUGUCAUCGAUGCCUCUGUUAUCCCUGAAAUUCCGGACUGCCGUAUUCAGAACUCGGUCUACAUGGUUGCUGAGAAGGGAGCGGAUGCUAUCAAGAGUGAUCAUAAAGAUCUUUAUCAUUAG